AUGGGGACAGUGGCUCCAGUCCUUUUGGUACUGCUCAGCCUAAGAGUGACUAUUUGUGAUGCUGAGGACACCUGCUCAGACUGUCUUCAUUUCUUAGAGGUGAGAAUAGUGGGACUCCGUGAUGCUGACCGACUUGCCAUUCUUCAAGGAUGUCCAGGGAUCCCAGGUGUCUCUGGCCCAAAAGGAGAAGCAGGUCUCCCAGGAACAAAAGGAGAAACGGGAGACCAGGGAUUCCCUGGGAAAGCAGGACCACCUGGUGCAAAAGGAGCAGCUGGAGAGCCUGGCUUCCCAGGACUGAAAGGAACAAAAGGAGAGCCUGGAUUUCCAGAAAUAUGGGAACCGGAGAACUGCCAAGAACUGUUGGCCAAAGGGAAGAUUUUCAGUGGCUGGUACACAAUCUACCCCCAAGACUGCAAUGCCACCACCGUCUUCUGUGACAUGGACACGGAUGGCGGGGGAUGGAUUAGUCUCUUUCAGGUUUUUCAGAGGCGCUGGGAUGGGUCAGUGAACUUCUUGCGAGAUUGGGAUUCAUACAAACGAGGUUUUGGCAACCAGCUGACGGAGUUCUGGAUGGGGAAUGACAACAUCCACUUCCUCACCUCUCUGGGACCCUGUGAACUCCGUGUUGACCUCAGAGACUUUGAGAACAACUACUAUUUUGCCAAGUAUGCUUCAUUCAGAGUUUUAGGAGAGUCAGAGAAAUACAGACUGAUUCUAGGAGACUUCCUUGGUGGAAACGCUGGGGACUCCUUAUCGUACCACAGGGACAUGCCAUUUUCAACAACAGAUCACGACAAUGACAUGAGUUCCUUUAACUGUGCCACAGAAUAUAAGGGAGCGUGGUGGUACAAUGACUGCCAUUACUCCAACCUGAACGGGAUGUACUGGAUGGGUGCACAUGGGAGCUAUGCUGAUGGCAUCAACUGGAAGACAGGCAAAGAAUACCACUACUCCUAUAAGCAAACAGAAAUGAAGUUCAGGCCAGUUUAA